UCUCCCCACGCGGCCCGUUAUAGCACGCGAGGGGCGGAGUAGCCAGGAGUCGCGCUUCUUCGGAAGGAAGGAGGCCGGAGGGGAGGGGGACGAAGGAAGGAAGGAGAGGAGGGAGAGGAGGAAGGAAAGAUCCUGGAGUGCUUACGUCCCAUAUAUGCAGCAGAUCUUUCAUCCCUAGUUGAAUCACUACUGCUUCAAUCAAGAUGGCACCAGCCAUUGGAGGCCCUGUAGGAUACACCCCACCAGAAGGAGGGUGGGGUUGGGCUGUCGUUGUUGGGGCCUUUAUAUCUAUUGGUUUUUCCUAUGCAUUCCCAAAAUCCAUUACCGUCUUUUUUAAAGAGAUAGAGAUCAUCUUUGAUGCAUCUAGCAGCAAAGUAUCAUGGAUCUCCUCAAUUAUGCUUGCAGUAAUGUAUGGAGGAGGUCCUAUCAGCAGCAUCCUGGUGAACAAGUACGGCAGUCGGCCGGUCAUGAUUGCAGGAGGCUGCCUGUCAGGAUGUGGUUUGAUCGCUGCCUCUUUUUGCAAUACUGUUGAGGAGCUCUACUUUUGUGUUGGCGUUGUGGGAGGUCUUGGGCUUGCAUUUAAUUUAAACCCAGCCUUGACCAUGAUUGGCAAGUACUUCUACAAGCGGCGUCCAUUAGCUAAUGGACUGGCUAUGGCAGGCAGCCCCGUGUUCUUGUCUACACUGGCUCCUUUGAACCAAUAUUUCUACAGCAUUUUUGGAUGGCGAGGGAGCUUCUUGAUUCUUGGAGGCCUCUUGUUGAACUGUUGUGUGGCUGGGUCUCUAAUGAGACCAAUAGGUCCAAGGCCAAGUCCAGCAAAACAAGAGGUUAACAAGGAAGCAUUACAGGAAGCUGGGAAAAUGGUGAAAAAGGAAGAAGGAGCAGGAGAUGUCAGUACAGAUCUUAUUGCUGGGAAGUCUAAGAAGGAGAAAUCUACAGUCAUCCAGACUAUUAACAAAUUUUUGGAUUUGUCUCUCUUCACACAUCGUGGCUUCUUGCUCUAUCUGUUUGGCAAUGUAGUCAUGUUUUUUGGACUAUUUACUCCAUUAGUCUUUCUCAGUAACUAUGGGAAGAGCAUGCAUUUUUCUAAAGAAUCUUCUGCCUUCCUGUUGUCCAUUUUGGCCUUUGUCGAUAUGGUUGCCAGGCCAUCCAUGGGCUUGGUCGCAAACACCAAGUGGGUGAGGCCCAGGAUCCAGUAUUACUUUGCUGUGUCUGUGAUCUAUAAUGGAGUAUGCCACCUUAUGGCACCUUUAUCCACCACCUAUGCUGGCUUUUGCAUCUAUGCUGGCUUCUUUGGAUUUGCCUUUGGCUGGCUUAGCUCCGUCUUGUUCGAAACACUGAUGGAUUUAGUUGGAACACAACGGUUCUCUAGUGCUGUUGGUUUGGUGACUAUUGUGGAAUGUUGCCCUGUGCUUUUGGGACCACCUCUCCUAGGUAAACUCAAUGAUAUAUAUAAUGACUACAAAUACACUUAUUGGGCAUGUGGCGUAAUCUUGAUCAUCUCUGGAAUCUUCCUGUUUAUUGGGAUGGGCAUCAAUUACCAGCUUGUGGCAAAAGAACAGAAGGCUGAGGAUAAGCAGAAGGCCGAAGGGAAGGAAGAAGAAACUAAUAUUGAUGAGGGUGAAAAACAAAAGGAGUCUGGCAAUGAUGUGGCUAAUCAACCCCAGAAAACUACGGAAGAUGGUGUAAAGGAAGAGGAUAGCCACAUGUGAAAGACUGGUAGCUAAUCCAGGAGGGUAUGAGUUUUAUCAACGCCGAUGGGGGGAGCACUGCUGGUAGUGAAUAUAGGUGAAAAGUGUAUAAAUCAGGUUAUCUUAAAAACAAAGCUCCAGAUUGUCUUGUUAUCAGCAUUUGAGAGAAGUAACAGCUAAUUGGGCAGUGCCAUCUU